CAUGGUACAUGUGCAGGGCGGAGCUUCGCAUGGAACAUAACAUUGACAGCGCAACUAGUUUGGUUUAGUCUGGCACGGCAGGAACUUCGAGGCUACAGAUGCGACCGACGCUGGCUUAAUUCAGCUUAGAAACCUAGUCCAAUUACCAUGCAGACAGGAGGAGAAAUCCCUCCGUGUUCACCGCCGAGCAACUGAAGACUGUGGAGCUCUUUCCUCAUGACAGCAGGACUGGAGAUGCGAGCGUCGCUCUCGUGGGCUCCGUCUUCAGGGCGAGAUAGCUAGACUUUUCUAAUCUUAUCUGUAAGCCGUUUGUUAUUCUUCCACCAAAGAGCUGCGAGUGGGAUUUCCUUCGUCAGAUUAGACUUUUUUCCAGCUCGCUUCUUAUCAUGGAGAUGCACACGGACGUCUUACUAGUCACUGCAAACGUCGGAUCACUGUUUGACAAUGUGGGUGAGAUUGAAGGAGACUGGCUGCGAGAGUUCUUCAUGACGGUGCACAUGCAUAAGCCACGCUUCAUCGCCCUGCACUUUCAGGAAGUUGGUGGAAAGGACUAUAUGGUGAACAUGGGCCAUGCAGAGAACUUUUUCAGGACCAUAGAGACCAGCUCUGAGAUGGCCGACUUCGACAGAGUCUGUGUCUAUGUAGAUAGUCAUUUCAAGGCUGUUGACAGUUUCACGGCUCUGGGAAGCAUGUAUUUCAUCCACAAGUCACUGAAAAAUAUCCAACAAUAUGACUUCAAUUUGAAGGAGUUUAAAGCCGUCUCAGGCCAUAACAAGUACAUGGGCUCGCUGGAAGGAGUGCUUACCGUUGAAAAAGAGAAAUUCCCUAAGAACUUUUGGCCUGAUUUCAAGUGGUCCAGAAAAGGCUACAUGAGGACACGAUGGCUCAUUCACAACCAGGGUUUUGACCUGGUGAAUGUUCACCUGUUUCAUGACGCCUCCAACCUCAUAGCCUGCAACUCUAGUCCAUCAGUGUAUUCUGCAAACCGCAAGAAAGCGCUCCGAUACGUCAUCAACAGGAUAUCAGACAGCAGCUACAGUCCUCUCCCCUUCUUCCUUUUUGGGGAUUUCAAUUUCCGUCUUGACACACUUAGUCUAGUACAGAACCUCUCCAUGUCGGCUGAUAUCCAGACAGUAAAAAAAGACAGUAGCAACGAGGUAGAAAAAAUCAUUUGUGAGGAGAAAGACAAUGACCACAAGGUCCUCCUUCAUAUAGAGACCAAGUUAUUUGCUUACUUGCACCAGGCCGCGUUCAGAGAAAAUAACGGAAAAGAGCUGCUGAAGUACGAUAAGGAGAUCUCUGCAUUCCAUGACGUCAUCACAGAGGAGGAGAUCCACUUUCCUCCCAGUUAUCCAUACAGUGAAGACUACACUAAACCUACACAGUACAUGAACACGCGAUGCCCGGCAUGGUGCGACCGCAUCCUAAUGUCCCACAGUGCCCUAGACAUCAUCCACCGGAGGCAGGAGGGUGAGUGUGGUGUUGUUUAUAACACAGUGGGCUCCAACAUCUGUAUGGGAGACCACAAGCCGGUUUUCCUGUGUUUUCCAAUGAAGACAAUUACACAUUGACACACAAUACUGGGAGAGUCAGAGGGGUUUCCUGUGUUGUUGAUGUGUACCUAGAGGUUGUACUGUGGACAUCUCUACUACUGAUCAUGCCAGGGCUCUACAACAAGUACACACACACCGAGACAUGAGCAGACCCCUACACCACCCACCCACCGCACGGGACCCCUGAAACCUCCUCCUAAACGCAAGCAGGCACAAAACACAGGAACUGUUUAUUUCUGAAAGCUGUGUUCACCGGUUUCACAAUAUACAUUUAACAAAGACUUCAAGUAUGUUCAGCAUGACUUCAGAAACACCUGAACAAAGCAAAAUAGGACACAAUCGAAGAAGACCAAGUGAAAGAACACAAAGGCACUUCUCAAAGCUCUCAACUCCUGACUUUUAGGUUUACACUUUGCAUAGAGCAUGUAAACCUCUGCGGAUUACUAUGGCAAAGCUUUAUAAUUACAACUCCAUUGGUGUGCUUUUACAGUACUCAUUGUUAAGGGUGUGAAUACAAGUACACGUAUGCUAAGCAUAUCCAAACACAAGCUGCUGCGACGCACAAGCUUUGGUUGCUGUUUCAAUUCAGAAGCCGGAAACGCUUUGCAUUGCAGUUCAUUCAUAGGGUGUAGAGAUCAUUCUGGUAAAACACUGUUCGGCUAGUUGCUUCUCAGUUCUUAUACUUCCUGCAUGCGUGAGUAUGGAUUCAUAAGCUCGUGUUUUUGCAUUUACACUGGCCUCAGCACUUACGGCUGUCAGCUUCAGUCAUUGUCUCUGCGGGGUUGUUAGUCAGACUCUUGGAUCGAUGGAAUAUGUACAGGACAGCAAGGGACGAGUUAUAAAGCCAUUAGCACUUGUGAAUUAUGGAAAUCCCACCCAGAGUGGCCUGGCCUGGAAGCCCCCAGACUUUUAAUUAGACCACUAGUGCAAUGCGAAUGCUAAUGUGGUAAGAUAUUUUUGUUGUUUUAAUUGCAUUGAAUCUUGGGUAACUGGUAUUGUUUAAAAAAGUUUAAAAGCUCUGUAUAGUUUCUCGAUGGUGUUGGUCCAAUGUUAAAUCCGUUUGACCAAUUUUCAUAUUUUGUGUGGUAAUAUGCUGGUUUGUAAAUUGCUUUAUGAAAUUACUUUAAAUUGUAAAUAUGUAGCGCUUCUUAACUGUUAUUGGAUCACCUUCUAAACUGUUGCAGUGUCACAGAUGCUCAGACAUGUUAUUAAAGGGAUAGUUCACCCAAAAAUUGAAAUGAACUCAUCCUCAAGUUGUUCCAAAUCAGUUUGAGCUUCUUUCUUGUGUUGAGCACAAAAGAAGAUAUUUUGAAGAAUGUUGGUAAACAAACAGUUGACGGUAGCCAUGGGCUUCUAUUGUAUUUUUUUCCAUACUAUAGAAGUCAAUGGCUACCGUCAACUGUUCGGUUACCAACAUUCUUCAAAAUAUCUUCUUUUGUGCUCAUACAGGUUUAGAACAACUUGAUGAUGAGAAUGACAGAAUUUUCAUUUUUGGGUGAACCGUCCCUUUAAGAAUCAGAAGUUGACACACUUUUAUAGUAAAAUAUCCCUUUAAAUGUCCUCAGCAACAUGUUCCUCAUUUCAAAUCCAAAUCAAACAAUUUACAAACCUCUACAAGCAAUUAUAUCCAGAUAUGACAGGGCCAUGAUUUUGAAUUUAUUGAUUCAGUCAAUAUAAUCUGAACACCCCCAUGCAUAAUUUACGCACGAGGGUUAAACCGUACGGCCCACCUGUCAAUAAUGGACUUGUUGUAGUUGAUUCAUGAUAUGGUCAACAUAAUUUACUGUUCUCGAGGGCAUCGCUUCAAACCGUGGUUCAAUAGGAGGCCACGGAGUCGCUCAGCAUCGAUGUCAUUUAGCAUUUGAGAUUUUACAGAUAAACACAAACACUACAGUCUUUUGAGAUUUAUGUGCACUGUUAUUAGCAUGCUAUGUUAAACGUGUAUGUAGCCGUUCAUGUUUGCACUCGUUUUGGGGAAUUAUUUUACUUUGCAGUGAUGUGAACAUUCGUAGAACAUAGUACAUUAUUAUAAUUUUUUUUUUUCUUAGCAGUUGUGAAAUUAGACAUUGCUUAUUUUAUGUUAACCUUUUUAAGUUAUUUCUACUUUCUGUCUCUGACUUUCUUCUUUUCUUUUUUUAUUAAAACAAUUAGACUAGGCAUUGUAAUGGGAUCUGCUGAAAACUAUUGAAAAAUAUAUUCUACAUUAUUAUAUAGUGACUAUCCAGAAGAUGGAUAGUGGUGAAAAGUUUAAGAUAAAUGGUGACUGCUGGGCCAAGGGAAACUUGUCGAUAAGAUCAGAACAUUUGCCAUUUGAAAUUAUAGGUCGUUCAUAGGUUUAAACACAAGCAUAAGUCUUACAACAAACAGUCAUAUGCAUACCUAAAAAUUGCAGAAGCUGAAAAAAGACUCCUGACACUCUUAAGUGAUUGACACACUGUGCCAAAUAUUUGUUUAUUUCCUCACUUUUUUUCCAUUUUGUGACUUGUGACAAACCUUGUGUUUGGUAGAUCUGUUGUAACGGAUGUAAAAUGCAGUAAGAUAGUUGCAAUGCAUUUACUCUAGCUGUACCUCACAUGCUGCCGAAUGUUGGACUGGCCUAAAACGGUCUAAAGAAAGACCCUCUUACUGUACUAUACCUUCUGCGGCACCUAUGAAUGUUUUUCUUAAAUAUAUUAUGUCUUAUUUCCUAAUAAAAUGUAUAUAUUCAUCAAC